AUGUCCAGAGCCACAAAAUCCGCCUCGAGGUCUCGGAGCCGCUCAAGGUCUCGGUCAAAAUCCCACUCCACCUCUCGCUCCAGAAGUCGCUCCAGAUCCCGGUCCAGGAAACGGCACUACCGCUCUAGAUCUCGGACACGGUCAAGAUCUCAUUCUCCAUCUCAUAACCGGGAGAAGAAAUACCCGAGGGGAUACCAGAACAACCGUGAGUUCCGGGGAUUCCACCGCGGCUUCCGGAGGCCGUACAACUUCAGGGGCAGAGGGCGGGGCUACUUUCAACGUGGACGCUACCAGCGUGGUGGUGGGGGUGGUGGCUAUAACAAUAACAACUACUUCCGCCCCAACUGGAAGAAUUACAAGCAGUACCCUCAACAGCAGCAGCAGCAGCAACAGCAAAACCAUUCACGAGGACGGUCUCACAACUUCCAGCAGCGCUCAGGAAGCCCCACUCGUGGUCACUCGCACCACUCUGACCGAUCCUCGUCGCCUUUAUCAAGACACUCGCAGCAUUCUUCCUCUUCCUCACACUCCUCCUCUCCCAAAUGCAGGCCAGCCUUGUUGCUGACAAACCAAAUCUCCAAAGAUGUGAAAGAGGAGCUCCCGGCCUCCAAGGAGAGCCAAAAGGGAGGAGGGGGAGAUGAGGAACCAGUGGAGCUUGUCAGAGUGUUGGCAGGAGAUGCUAAAGAAGAAGCAGGAAGUGGGAAAAAUGAGGGGAACUGGCAGGUCCUAACAGACUGCUGCAGCAGUCCAAAGAGAACAAGUCCUUUGGCAACGGCUGCUGUUAGUGUUGGCCACAACAGCCAAACUACUAACCAGUCUAGUCCUUCCCCUAAAGUCACAAAUGACAUCAGCAAUGGUGCCCCCUCCUGGAAGAUGUUGUGUAGUUCAUCCAAAACAAUGAAGCCCUCACAUGAAGGUCUAAAUCCAAUGCUUUCCAGCUUUAACUUCUUCUCCAAUGAGGAAUAUCUGGAUGGAGAUAAAACAGCAGUAUCCAUUGCCUUCAGACAGUUUUUGGAGGAGCAAAAUAAGAAAUCUAAAGCUUGGGGAAAUGGCAAGAACACAGAAGCAAAUGAUGUGGAUAUGGAACAAGGGAAAGCAAAUGGCAAAACAUCUUCGAAUAUCUCUGACUUGGUGUCAAGAAAGCACAAAGAAGACAAUGAUGGUGAAGUGUCUCUGAAUAGCUUUUUGAAAGCUUCUCCUUUUCUGUCUGCGGACGGGGAAGAAGAGGAGGAGUUGAUAAUCAGGCCUCAUUCAAAUUCACGCCACAAAGACUGGCGCAAUGGGGACGAGUCCUCUAAGCUAAAGAUCAAGGUAUCUCACUCAGCCCGGGAAAUGUUUGAUGAAUGCUUUGGCAAAUGGCAUAAUGUGGCCCAUUCACAAGUUGCUAACAGUCACGUUAACGCCAUGGUGGAGGACAUAUAUUGCAGUCGAAAGCUGGAUAAAGCAGCUGCGAUUUCGGCUGCCCUCACCAAGAGGGAGAUGGCAGGAAAAUUUGAGGACCUGUCCCCUGACAUGGGUGGUAAAGCCAGGAAGAUGGCAAAAUCUCCCUCCAUCCCAUCUCCUACACCACCACGAUGGAGGAACUCUGACAAAGAGCUCAGGGGAGAGGACUUGCCUUUCAUGACCUCCAGAAAACAGGAAGCAAAAUUAAAUAUCAGAAUGGAUUUCCUUGGAGAUAGCCUGAUGAGCUCUUCGGAUAUUUUAGCUGAGGAGCGACAGUUGUCUCAUGAUCUUGUGCAGUCCUCAAAAAAGGAUCAGGAGUUUCGCUCCAUCUUUCAACAUGUACAGGCUGCUCCGUUACAGAGGAGUCCCUCUGAGCUGUUUGCUCAACACAUUGUCGCCAUCGUUCACCACGUUAAAGCUCAGCACUUUCCAUCCUCUGAAAUGACUCUAAACGAGCGAUUCACCAUGUACCAAAGACGAGCUGCAGAGAAGGAAAUGAUGAAAACCAGAAAAAGCCCAGAAAUACACAGGAGAAUUGAUGUUUCACCAAGAGCUUUUAAGAAACACUCUCAACUUUUUGAGGCGAUGAAAAGCUCAGAAGAUGGCAAUUACAAGGACGGCGUGGAAAAAUUGAAAGGUGACCCAAUGGACCUUCGUUUGGAUAUUGAGCGCCGUAAAAAAUAUUCCAUCCAGGACAGUGGUUACAAUCAGGAUCGAGGACAAGAUGUGGGAGAUUCCCCAGAUACUAGUAGAGAGAGAUCUGUGGAAAAGUCCUCUAAAUGCCACGAGAUAUCAAAGAAAAGUAAGAAGAAGCGCUCUCGCUCAAGUUCAUCCUCAUCUUCCUCAUCCUCUAAGUCCCAAAAAGGAGAUUUGUCCCACAGCAAGCCUGACCCCAAAGAUAAAGGCUUUAACAGGGCCAAACUUGGUCAAACAGAGUCCCUAGGACCAGUUGAAGGAGAAAAGCCACGUGGAGGAUUUCAAGUCCGUAUUCGUGGAAGGAGCUGGAACAGAGGCAAUUAUCAGGGAAAUUCUUCACAUGGUACCAACACCAUGGCAAACAUGGCAGUACAGCCCAAAAAUGAAGACUGGGACCCAGAGUACACUCCCAAGAGCAGGAAAUACUACUUACACGAUGACAGAGAACGGGAGGCAGAGUGCAAGUGGCUGGACAACCGAGGGCGAGGUCGGGGAAGCUUCUCACGCGGAAGGGCACGAUUCAUCAUCCGCAAAGCCACUGGGGGACCCAACACCAAUAGCCCAAAAUGGGCCCAUGACAAGUUCCACAUCAACAGGGAGCAAGACAAUGCACAGGAAGAGGAGACAGAACCGGACCAUAAAGAAGGAGAAAUUGACGGAGUGAAUACUUGAGCAGUGAAGCAGUGAUGAAAAUAUUAGUUUUCUUCUGUCUUGUUGGGAAGGGACUUUGAGAUUUUAUCCACCACAAUGGAUUCAUAAAUGCAGAUUAAAAUAUUUCAAGACUUUUUUUAUGCUUUGAUUUCAGCAUGGGAUACUCACGCUGACUUGACACAAUGAUUUUCCACAUCAGGAUAGAACUCAUAACUAGUAGAAGCACUGUUUAAGGGUGAAUUGCUGUUUCUUAUAAGAAUUCAGAUUUAUGUUACAUGCUUUUUGCAUUAUAUGGUUAAGGGAAAUUGUAUGUGCAGCAUUGGUAAUGGUGACAUUUACACUUUUCUUGCAGGAAUGAUGUAACAAAAUAAAAAAGACUCCUUAAUGACAUCUAUAUUUUUAAGUAGCAAGAGAAAAUUACAUGUUAGAUCAACUCGGCUUGUGCCUUAUACCUGUGCAAAUGAAGAAAUGUUUUGUGAGUGUGUUACAAGAUAAAUACUUUAAAAAGGUUUUAGAAAAUGAGGUUUGUGGUUUUGAGCGGUUUCUUGUCUGGAUUAUUUUGACAGCAAUGCGUACACUGUAGUUCAUGUUGACAUCAUACACUUCACUGCACUCUAAAAACGACCUGAUCUGACAUGGGACCAAACUCUAUGGGUCAAAGGUUAUGCCCUACUGUCUUUCAUUGUACAACAAUCAACAGAUCUACAAUAUUAGCUGGCGGCACAGGAGUCUGUUAUUAUAAGGAUAACUACCUGUACAUUUACCAUGUUGCUCAUUAAACAUUUUGUUUUCAAAGAUUACUAAACCUUACAGUAGCUCUUUGCUUGAACUUAGAUAUCACUAAUCAAUGUAUAAUAUUGAUAGUGAUUAUACAUUUCUUUUCUCCAAAGACAUUCAUUGUAGUUUUGUAAUUGGCUGUACAGGAUUCUGACUUUGUCUGUAACAGAAUUAACAGAUUGGUGGGUUUUUAAUUUGCUGUUUGCAAACUUUUCUCCAGUCAAUAUUUUCAAUUAUGUAAAUUGUUUUCAACUGUGUUACCCUUGUGAUAAAAGAGGCAUUUGAGCAUUUGUUUAGUCUGUAUUUUGUAAAGAAAAAGAAAUACAGGGUUUGUAG